UAUAUUAAUUAUUUCAACAUUCUGAUCAGAUUACUCAAAGCGAGAUCGAUCGAUGGCAUCUACUCUAGCACGUGCAGUGGUGGUGAUGGCGGUAGCACUGAUGGCGGCGGUGGCCAUAGAAAAAGCUGAGGCACAGAGCGACGGCAACUGUGCGAACGGAGUGAGCAGGCUGACUGUGUGCGCGCCGUUCGUGGUGCCCGGAAACAACUCGGCGCCGAGUGCCGAGUGCUGCUCUGCACUCGGAGAGGUCGACCGUGACUGCCUCUGCAACACUCUCCGGGUCGCUUAUCAACUUCCUUCUCAGUGUCACCUUCCCUCCUUCAAUUGUCCUUCAUCAACUUGAAGCAGGUCCAAUUGGGUACGGUGAAUAAUGUUGACGAGAAGCUCAACUUGGCGACCUUUUCAUACAUUUGUAGGAUUUCAACCAUUGACCUAUUUUGAUGUUAUAUACUAUAUAUUAGACAUCUGUCCGGUAAGAUCAUAAUAUAAACUAUAUAAAAAGAAAAUGCCUCGGUCAUCAUGAAAUAAAAAUAUUGUUGGCUUCCUCUUUGUUUAA